CCCCCCCUCCCCCCCCCGUCGCAGCCGCGGCCACAAACCACAUGCGAGCGGGCACUGGGCUGCUGCCGCGGGCGGGGCUCCUGCCCCUGGUGGGCCUCCUGAUGGUGCUGCUGGGGAUGCUGCUCCCCGGGCCGGGGGCCGGGCUGCCGGUGGCCCUCCGGCCGCUGGCCGGCGGCCAAUCCCCCGACGCGGCCAGGCGGCUGCCCUCCGCCAGCACGCGCGCCCUGGCGGCCCCGGCGACCCCGCCCCCGGCCUCGGCCAUGGACACCGAGGAAAAGAUGUCGGCCCUCCGGUGCUACUUCCUCAAUGGCAAGUGCCUGUCACAGUGCCCGCCGGAGGCCCCCUACCAUGUGCUGGUUUUCAUCGUGUGGACCUGCCAGCAGAAGGGCCUGCCCAAUUGCCGGAUCCAGUCCAUCAACUGCGACCAGUGCUUCCCCGGGUAUCUGAUGGACGACAACCGCCGGGGGUGCUCCUGCCCGGAGGAGGGCUGCGUCCUGUGCGACCAGCCGCCCCUCGGCCAGUGCGGCCUGUGCACCAGCGGCCGGCACCUGUACCAGGGCUCUUGCUUGGAAAGCUGCCCGGCCGGGUUCUACUCCAACCGGGGCAUUUGCGAGGCCUGCCGGGCCGGGUGCGCCCGGUGCGACGCCGGCCCCGACACCUGUGACGCUUGCAACCCGGGGCUGCUGCUGCUGGAUGGGACCACCUGCGAGACGUCCUGCCCGCGGGGGUACUUCGCCGAGGGGCCCCCGGGCGCCGGUGGCCAGGCCCCGGCCGACCGGUGUACCCCCUGCGGGCCGCACUGCAGCGAUUGCCAGGGGCUGGUCGAUUGCCGGACCUGCCAGGCCGGGUGGCUGCUGCUGGAGGGCGAGUGCCUGGCCGACUGUCCGGAUGGCCACUUCCCGGAUGCCCAGGCCGGGGUGUGUCGAAUGUGCGAUGACAAGUGCGAAGUGUGCACCGGGCCCGGGGCAUGUGGCCAAUGCGACCCGGCAACGUCGCUGCAUGCGGGCCACUGCGUCGACUCCUGCCCGGGGGGCUUCUUCCGCCGGGUGCUGGAGGACGCCCAGCACGGGGUGUGUGACCGGUGCCAUGGCAGCUGCCUCGAGUGCCAUGGGCCCGGGCCCAGCCAGUGCACCGCGUGCGCCGAGAACCUCUUCAUCAAGCAGCCCAUCCCGCCGGUGAGCCCGCCCCUGGACCGGGGCCCCUGUGUGCAGGACUGCAUGAAUGACCCGACCCAGUGCGCCACAUGCGAGCCGGAGUGUGCCACCUGCCGGCCGGGGCCCGACGGGCCGGCCGGCCGGUCCGAGUGCCUGGAAUGCCACGACUCGUGGGUCCUACUGGAGAGCGAGUGCGUGGACCGCUGCCCGGCGGGCUAUGCCACCAUGGCCUCCGGGGCCUAUUGCGCCCGGUGCCACGAGUCGUGCGCGGCCUGCAUCGGGCCCGGGGCCAGCCAGUGCACCAGCUGCUCGGACCCGAGGCAGGUCCUCCAGGCCGGCGAGUGCCGGGAUGAGUGCUCGUCCGUCGGGUGGUUCCUCCAGGCCCCGGGGCAGUGCGCCCCUUGCGGGGCCAAUUGCAGCCGGUGCGCCGGGCCGGCCGACGACGCGUGCACCACCUGCCGUCGGGGGAUGCUGGAGCUGGCGUCCGGCUCGGUGCCCGGCGGGAUGUCCUGCUUGAAGUCCUGCCCCGGGGGGUACUUCGCCAGUGGGAGCACCUGCAUUGCCUGUCUCGGGGGCUGCACCGCGUGCCAGGGCCCGGGGGCGUGUUCCUCCUGCCGGCCGGGGCUGCUGCUGCACCAGGGCACCUGCACGAGCCAAUGCCCGGCCGGGUAUGCGGCGGUGGCGGCCCCCGGGGCCGGCGCCGGGUCCGGCAUCCGCCAGUGUGCCCCCUGCUCGGAGGCCUGCGCCGAGUGCGGGCCGCGAGCCGGGUCCGACCCGGCCACCGCGCCGGGGUCCCUGUCCGAGCGCCGGUGCACCGGCUGCAUGGAGGGGCACUUUUUGGCGGACGCCGACACCGACCAGGCUCGCUGCCUGGCCGCCUGCCCGGCCGGGCAGUAUGGCGAUGUGCUGACCGGCAUGUGCCAGGCCUGUGGCGCCGGCUGCCCGACUUGCUCCUUUGGCCGGGACUUUUGCACCAGCUGCCCGGAGGGGCUGCUGCUGCGCGACCGCCAUGGGCUGUGUGUGAGCACCUGCGCCGGGGACGAGCACCAGGAGGCCGGGGUGUGCAUCGUCUGCCAUGACACGUGUGCCACCUGCGCCGGGGGCAGCUCGGCCUCCAGAUCGGAAGAGCGUCGUGGCUGCCCGGAGGGGCUGCUGCUGCGCGACCGCCAUGGGCUGUGUGUGAGCACCUGCGCCGGGGACGAGCACCAGGAGGCCGGGGUGUGCAUCGUCUGCCAUGACACGUGUGCCACCUGCGCCGGGGGCAGCUCGGCCUCCCACUGCACCUCCUGCCCGGAGGGCCGGUCGCUGCAUGAGGGCGCCUGUGUGGAGGCCUGCCCGGCGGGCUUCUACAGCGAUGUGCCGGAUGAGCCGGCCCCGGAGGAUGGGGCCCCGGGGCCCGGGUCGCAGGCCCCGCGCGAGACCCCCCGCUGCCGGGUCUGCCAUGUGGAGUGUGUCACCUGCCAUGGGCCGGGGUCGGGGCAAUGCACCAGCUGCCCGGCUCCCUGGCUGCUGCUGGGGUUCAGCUGUGUCGGCAGCUGCCCCGGGUCCGGGUACCUGCUGGACGAGGCCCGGCCGAAUGAGUGCCAGCCCUGCGUCGAGUAUUGCGAGUACUGCCCGGCCGGGGUGGACCGGUGCGACCGGUGCCGGGCCGGGACCCUGCUCCUGCCGGGGGGGUCCCCCUCGACCAGCCCUUCGGACCGGUGUGUCACCCAGUGUCCGGGGAUGUUCUUCCACAACUUCGACGCCUCCCUCUGCGAGCCCUGUGCCGAGGGGUGCAUGGUGUGCACCGGGCCCGAUGCGGCCGAUUGCACGCAGACCAUCGAGUGUGCUCAAAACAGCGGGCGAUGUGAGAAGGCUGUCUCCCGGCGCCGGUUGGUCAUCGGCCUGACGGUGGGCCUCUCGGUGCUGCUGCUGCUGGUGACGGCCAUCGCUGUGGUGGGGUUCUGCUGCUACAUGCGCCGGCCCAAGAUCCCGGGCGAUGACAUCGCCCUGCGGGAGCUCGACGAGAACGACACGGUCCUCAACACAAUCAUCGACAUCUUCCUGCCGGGAUUCCUGCUGCUGGACCUGGAGAAGGAUGUGCAGAUUAUCCACACCGCGGAGCCGGUCGGCCGCGGCACACAGGCGGUCGUCCUGCGAGCCACUCCCUUCUCGGCGUCGCUGAUUUCCCGCGCCGGCACGAGCCCCGUGGCCGUGAAGCAGUUCUCCAACGAGAAGGGCCGCGUGUCACCCUCGCGCAUGAGGUCCAUGAUCGAGAACGAGGUGGCCAUCAUCUGGGCGCUCAAUGGAUGCCAGAAUGUCGUGCAGCUGCACGGCUACUCGCUGUCCCCCCCGGCGAUGGUGCUGAAGCUGUACUCCACCAGUCUCGAUCGGAUCCUGCACCUCCGGCCCGAGGAGCCCUCCCUGAACCAGACCCUGCAGCUGGCCCGGGGCAUGGCCGCCGGGCUGGACUUCGUCCACUCGUCCGGCUUCGCACACCUGGACAUCAAGCCGGGGAACUUCUUCCUGGAGGUGGACCCGGAAACCGGGCUCUUCCGGCCGGUUCUCGGCGACUUUGGCCUGGCGCGCAACAUCAACCGCAGCUCGGCCCUGGUGAACUCGCUUCUGACGCGCGGCUGCAGCGUGGCAUAUGCCGCGCCGGAGAUCCUCCGGUCAUCCGGGCGGGCCGGCGACCCGACGCCGAACCUGUUCGCGUGCGAUGUCUACUCCAUGUCCAUUGUUCUGUGGGAGAUGCUGGCCACCAGCAAGCCCUGGGGCGGCCAACAGCAGCAGGAGGUCAUCGGCCUCGUGUGCGGCGGCAUCCGGCCGGGCAUCACCGAAGGCGACUUGCGGCUGGAUCUCGGCCUGCAGACGGUCCGGUCGCUGGUGACCAUUGUCGAGCACUGCUGGGACCCGGAGCCGGCCCGGCGGCCGUCGGUGGCGGCGCUGCUGCGCCUGCUGGAGCUGGCCGACGCGGUCGAGUGA